GGGCUUGGCGGCAUAGAAACCGGGUCCUUACAAGGGGGACUUUGGAUAGGAAUUUGAUGAUGCAACAACCAUUCUCUGUUCAUAUUGAUCAGUAAAUUUAUCCAAUGCUUCGCGCAUUUCCUGCAACUAACAAAAGUUGUAUACAUUUUCUAUUCCCAGUUACAUAUCCGGAUGCUUAUAGAACCAGAAUUAGAGUCUCUGGCGAUUCAAAUUUUACGUUCGAGCGAGCUGCUGGAUAUUGUUCAUGCUACAUUGCUGAUCUAUACAGAGAAGGAGGAGGAAUGAUCUACUAUAACAGAAAGCUCAAUGACUCAGUGUUUAACUCUUUAUCCAAUGCGAUUGGCACCUCUGCAGUCUAUUUGCAACAAAAUCUUAGCCUCACGGGAUUGUUUACUGAAGUUUAUGAAUGAUACUUGCACAAUGUUCAGAGUGCUGAUUCAUCGAACUUUUGCAACCAAAUACCCUAAUUUUCUCCCCCAAGAAAUGCUGGGUUUUAUCUUACGUUGCACCCCCACUAACCCUAGCCUUCAUUUUCCACCAAAAAACGUACCAUUACAUGCAUUUUGCUCCAUGAUUAAUCAUCCGAACCCUCACUCUAAUAGUCCUAGUUUUGCAGAACAAAGAUGCGUCAUCUUACAGUGUUGCACCACCUUGAGCAAGCUAAAACAGACCCAUGCAAUCUUUCUGAGAGCCAGUGUUUUUGAAUCUAACCCAUCUCCAUUCAUGUGGAAUUUGAUCAUUCGAGCCUAUGUUAGGCAUGGAUCUCCAAGAAAAGCCAUGACUUCUUUGUUUCUUAUGUCUCAGGCCUGUGUUUUGCCUGACCAUUACACCUUACCAAUUGCUCUGAAAGCUUGUACUCAAGCACUUUCUUUAAGCUGUGGAAUUCAGCUCCAUUGCCAAGCUUUCAAGCUUGGGCUUGAGCUCCAUGAACAUGUACAGUGCGCUUUGGUUUACUUUUAUGGUGCCUUUGGUGCAAUUGGGAGUGCACACCAAGUGUUCAAUGAAAACCCUAAUAGAAAGUUGGGUUCUUGGAAUGCUUUAAUGGUGUCUUAUGGCCAGUUGGGAUCGCCCCAAAAGGUUUUGAACCUGUUUUUUAAGGCUCAAAAAGUUGUUGAACCCGAUGAAAUAACCAUGAUUACUGUGAUCAUAGCUUGUGGGGCUUUGGGCAAUUUACCAUUAGGGUUUCAGGUCCAUGGGUUGAGUGUGAAAGCUUUUUCAAGGCUUCUGGUGUAUAACUCGUUAAUAGAUAUGUAUUGUAAAUGUGGUAUGAUUAACAAAGCUGGUCGGGUGUUUGAUGAAAUGCAUGAGAGGAAUGUGUCGUCAUGGACUGCCAUGAUCAUGGGUAUGGCCGUGCAUGGCCAUGGCUUAGAUGCAUUGAGCCAUUUUGGAAGCAUGCAAAGAGCCGGAGUUAGACCCAAUCAUGUGACAUUUGUUGGGGUCCUUAGUGCAUGUGUGCAUGCCGGGUUGGUGGAUGAGGGUUUGUGUUUCUUUGGUUCAAUGGCCAGCGAGUAUGGGCUCGAGCCCAUGGUACAACACUAUGGGUGCAUGGUCGACCUGCUCGGUCGAGCUGGUCGGCUCAAAGAGGCCAGGUCACUCAUAGAGAGCAUGCCCAUGACCAUGGUUCCUAAUGCUAUCAUAUGGGGUUCAUUCUUAGGUGCUUGUCAUGUGCAUGGGGAUGUGGAGAUGGGUGAAUGGGCUUCCAUGCAUCUCAUGGAGCUUGAGCCUGAGAAUGAUGGGGUUUAUGUGGUUUUGUCUAAUAUUUAUGCAGGCGCCAAUAUGUGGAGGGAGGUGGCAAAUAUUAGGAAGAUGAUGAGAGAGAGGAUGGUUGCCAAGACCCCAGGGUACAGUCUUGCAACAGUAUGAGAGAGAUUUGGUCAUCAUAAUGGCCACAAAACUAUGGUCUUGGGUUCGGAUUAUGAAUUACCUGCCAACAAAAAGUAAGGAUUUGACCAUAGCCUUUCUCCUGAUUAAAAGGUUGCUUGCCCCUAUGGAGUGAUGGCCUUUCCCCGUACCAUACUGCUUUUCAUGAGCUUGAGGUGGUUCCUGAAUCCAUUAAGGCUGUUGCAUAAUGAUACAGAGAGAAGGGAGGCUUUAAUGGAAGAACAAGUUCUAGAUAUGAACGAAUCUCCUGGGCGUUCAUGCUGUCCUACCUUGAAUUGGCUACCAAUUGCAUAUCGAUAUUUUUGGAUUCAAAGUUCUGCUGCAUCCGAGUGGCCUCGGCCGAGUUAGGACCUGUCAGAGAGCGCCCUGUCCUUGAAUGCAACUCGGGCCACUUAAAGAAUUGAAAGAAAAUAUAUAUAAAAAUUGUAGAACUAAUGCAUAACAUUACUAGCGAAACACACAUACUCUGCACGUAUUUUUUAGAAGAAUGAGGUAUAUAAAUAAGUGUAAUAAUUAAAAAAACUUUAAAAGCAUGUAAAAAACCAUAUAUUAUGCUUCCCA